AUGGCCACUACAAGAACGGAUGCUACCUGCGUCCGCGAUGAUAUGGCAGCGGACCGCCAAAAUACAUGGGGCUUCUUCUUCUAUCGUACAUGCUACUACGACGAUGAUGCACGAUGGGAGAGUUUCCUUGAGCGGAUGAAAGCAUUUGCAGAAAUGGUGCUGCUUGAUCCCAAUUCGGAGAACGAGAAUGGCGACGGAGAAGUUCUUUUGGGGCAACUUGAAUGGAAUAUUCAAUCGGACCCAUCGCUGGAUAAUUGUUCAUAUGAGGAAGUCUGGCGCCGCCACCGGGAUCUUAUGAAAUCUCUUUACGGGGAAUACUGUCCCGCCUUUGUCCGACAAGGAUACCCUAUUGUUGUGGACAAAGAUGCCCUGGACUCUGUUAUAGAAGCCCCUUCACCAGAUGCAUGGACGGAUGGUGAUUAUCUUAGGACGAUGGCCUAUGUGAAUGUGCUUGAUAUGCAAUGGUUUGAUGUACAGGAUGAGCCAAAUAAUGGAAUUGGAUCGGAAGUCGGGUGGACGAGGGUUUCGGCUCAUAUGCUUUAUCCUAGAUUGCAUUCGUUGCUAGCAAGUUUCCUGUGGCCGCAGGUUAUCUAUCGUCAUCCUCCAACGAUUUCUCGUUUACGCUAA